CGGCGCGCGAACUCAACGCAGGGCCGCGCGCUCCCGCGUAAACAAACCGACACGCGACACCGGCGAUACAACCUGCCACACUCGUAAACAGUCAGUGCCAAAAAAAAGUAUAAAGUGCCCUCUCAACUCAGUGCCCGUGCAGUGAAGUGACUAACUACGUGAUUCCACAUUCAAAUUCGAAUAUUAGAACCGUCGCGGACAUCUGUUCAAAUAAGGUUGAUUUGUUUAAGUUUCCUAUUGAUGGAUUGGGAGGUUCAACGACAUCGCAUGGUGUUUGAAUAGUUUGAUGUGCUGAGGAAUUCGUUUCACGUAUGCAGAAAACAAACAAGAGUUUGAAAAACAAAGGAUAACCUGAGAAGCAAAGUGGCAUUGCUUGCUUAGGUGCUCGUGGUGACAGGUGAAACCGUGUGUUCAGUCUGUCAACUCGUAGAACAUUCUGAGAGAUCCUGAUGCUGUGACAGUUAUGGAGUAGAGAAGUGCAACAUGUGGGGUCGUGUGCCACCCGGCGAGCCGUGCUAAGAGAUGCGCUCCAAGCAGCAGCCGCGCCCCUCCUACCGCUGGCUCAACACCAACGAAAACGAAGAAGCGACCAGCCCUGAGGGCGGAGUGAAAGACCGAGGCGAGUGCGGGGAGCGGGAGGGGGCGGCGUCGCCCGCGUCGCGUGCGUCGCGCGCGUCGCCUGCGUCGGCUGCGUCCCCCGCCUCACCCCCCGCGGAUGAGCGUGACGAUAUCGAGCACAGCAUACCUGCGACGCUCAUUCAAGAUCCCAAUGUUGAAAGGGAGAGCCCGCGAUGUCUGUCACGGGAGUCGUCGGGCGCGCCGCGGUGUCCCUCCAAUGACUCUGUCUAUUCGGGGCGCAGUGGGCCAGCGCUGCCGCUGCCUGCCGCGCUCACUGCCGCGCUGCCCGCUGCCCUGCCCGCCGCGCUGUUGCCCCCGCACUCCGCCGCGGUCGCCGCCUACCUCGGCGCCGCUGCCGCCGCCGCAGCCCAGCAGCGCCUCCUCAUGUCCUGCCAAGAAGACAUGACCGACUCCGAACGAUCCGACGCGGUUCUAGACUUCAGCACCAAACGUAGCGACUCCCCCCAUGAAGAUGAAGACGCCGAUGACGCCGUCAAUCUCAGCAAGAACGAAAAUGGCCCCCUUGAUCUGUCCGUUGGAACUAGAAAGAGAGGACCGGAAGAAUCCCCGUCUCCGGUUCCAUCGAGAAAGAGUUCGAGGCAAGAGUUUAAACCGUCUCCCUCGCCAUGGUCGAAUCCUGUCGCACCUCAUCUACCAUAUUUUGCGGCAGCUGUAGCCGCUAGUUUGUCUCCCAAGGGUGCAGUUCCGCCUGAAUGGAACGGAAAACUAAAACAUGGCGGACCAACUCCGAGCGAUGCGACUAAAGCACUCGAGAAAAUGAGCGAACUAAGUAGACUGGGAGGCGAAGAACUCUUCCGUUCUGUUCAAAGCGCAGCUCUAGGCGCUGGACUCGCUCCAAACGCUGCCGCUAGACACUCUGCUUGGCAGUCACAUUGGCUUAAUAAAGGCGCAGAUCAGACUAAAGACGUUUUAAAAUGCGUCUGGUGCAAGAAAAGUUUCAAUUCUUUAGCCGACUUAACGAUCCACAUGAAAGAAGCUAAGCAUUGUGGAGUCAACGUUCCAGUGCCGCCAUCUAGCGGCGCGCCGAUGCCGCCUUCCCUGCAACCUCCAUCUAGUUCUCCUUCAACGCCAUCGCAUAACUCAUCGUCUUCAAGUGGUUCUUCGAAACCUAAUCAGAGCGAUUUGAAUAUGCUAAUUAAAGAAAAUAUGCCAAUACCUAGAAAGUUAGUACGCGGGCAAGACGUCUGGUUAGGCAAAGGAGCGGAGCAAACUAGACAGAUAUUGAAAUGUAUGUGGUGCGCUGAGAGCUUCCGAUCGUUAGCCGAGAUGACUAGCCACAUGCAGCGGACUCAGCAUUACACUAAUAUUAUAUCGCAGGAGCAAAUUAUUUCAUGGAAGUCCUCUGAUGAAGCUAAGGGCUCCAAUUCAAGCGCUCCGGGCGCCACCAACGCGGCUCCACCCACUACGGGCACAAGUAGUCAUGUCAGCGCUGUAUUAACUUGUAAAGUUUGCGACCAAGCAUUUAGUUCCUUGAAAGAGUUGAGUAAUCAUAUGGUUAAGAAUUCUCAUUACAAAGAGCACAUUAUGCGGUCUAUUACCGAGAGCGGAGGUAGGAGACGUCAAACGCGCGAAAAGAGAAAGAAAUCUUUACCGGUUAGAAAACUUCUUGAAUUAGAAAGAGCACAACACGAGUUCAAAAAUGGGGAAGGUAACGGGGUACCUAUGGGGAAACCAAUUAGGGAUUUCGGCGCCGGCAGCCGGAUCACUUGCGAGAAAUGCGGCGACAAAAUUGAGACUGCUGUAUUCGUCGAACACAUAAGGCAAUGCAUAGGCGCGCCCAUGUCGAAUAGCCAAAGGAAUUUUUUAAAGAGCGCACUUUUGUCUAAUAAUAUUAUCCCUCCCGAUGUGCCCGGGCACGUCACUCCCACCAGUAGGGACGGCCGUAAGAGUAUCAACGAGGAACUGCCCUCACCCGGCUCGGCUCAUCACCGCUCGCCAUCGUCCGUGAACGAUUCGUCUCCGAGUUCCAAAGAUCCCAACGCGAGCAAUGAUAAGAGCUCGUCGCCUUCGGUCCUGAACGCUAUAGAGCAAUUGAUAGAAAAAAGUUUUGAUACACGAUCACGGCAUUCGGUACCCGGCGUGCCUGGCGGAGCAGCACACGCCCCGAUGGGUUCUAGCAUUUUAAAAAGAUUAGGCAUAGACGAGAGCGUAGACUACACUAAGCCAUUAGUUGACGCGCAAACAAUGAGCAUGAUGAGGAGUUAUCACCAUCAGCAGGCAUACGGGCGUCGGGAACGUAGCGGUAGCGAAUCUAGUUCAAUGUCCGAAAGGGGAGGCAGCAGAGUCGAGUCUUUGACUCCCGACAGGAAGUUAGAUUCAUACCACAUGACCACACCCCGUACCACUCCAGACACGCGUGGUUCCCAAACUCCCGCUUCCGAGGAUCGCCCAGCUGAGGUGAGAAUAAAAAAGGAAGCACCAGAAGAGGAGGAUCGGGAAAACUGUGUAGAUUUGAGUAGCCAACCGGUACGCGUUAAAACUGAAGUCGAUGAAGAGGAAGAUCCUCCUCGACCAAGUAGUUCUGCCGAAGAGGAUACAAAGCCAGUUAUUCCUAAGCGUGAAAGUGAGGGCCCGAGCCCCGCUGCCAGUCCUCGAAGCCCGGCGAGCGACCGUUCCGCUCACACUCCCGGUACUGAAAGGAAGCCAGCUUCCAGCUUAGGCGCGUUAUCCUCCAUGUUCGAUAACUUGGCUGGCGGUAGUUCUUCCAAUGAGCCUAGUUCAUCCCGCCGAGGCGGUAGCCACCCUUUGGCUGCUCUGCAGAAGUUAUGCGACAAGACGGAGACUAACCAGUCUCGCGCCCCUGCGCCCGCGCCGUCUCCCGCCGGUCCGCCGAGCAUCCUCACUUUCAGUUGGGCCUGUAACGAUGCAGUCGUUACCGAUUCAAUCAUGAAGUGCGCUUUUUGUGAUACUCCGUUCAUAUCUAAGGGCGCUUAUAGACACCAUUUGUCAAAAAUACAUUUCGUGAAAGACGGAGCUUUGCCGGAACCGGUUCCGAUGAAGGCUCCGCCGGCGGCUGCGUCGCCCGGCACGCACAAGAGCGGGGGCUCCACCGCCGCCUCGCCGCAGGACCCGCGCAGCCCCUCGCAGUCCUUCGACGAGAGCCCGCACUCCAAGUUCCUCAAGUACACGGAACUUGCUAAGCAGCUCUCGAGCAAGUACGUGUAGAGAACCCCGCCGCCGGGGCAUCAGUUGUGAUGAUACCAUAUCCUGCUACGUUAAACCUUGCUAGGGUUAGGUCGCGCACGCGACGAUAAGUAUUUCGAAACUCUUUGCCAAUUUAAUUAUUUAGGUAAUUAUUGUUAGAGUUCACCGCAUAGUUCGGUUAGUGUAAUUACGACUAGCGACUUAAGUAUACGCCAAACGUCUUACGUUCGAUUAGGUGUAAGAGAAUAUUUUCAAAAUAUUGCCUUUAGGUGAAGUUGUCGGUUGUUGUGCGGCGCGCGCCCGCGGCUUAUCUUCCACACUACGUUGUAAUUCCAUUUCGAUAAUUGUAAAUAUAAGUCACAUUAAGUCAUAAAACGUUCGAUUCGAUCUCUUGUAAAUGUAUAUUUUUUGCUAAUAAUCUAAAACGUGCGUUCGUAAUUUUAAUUGCAAUUCGCCUUUCGUAUGUGAUUGUAAUUGACCACACCAGUCGGUCGGGUUGUCGUCAGUAUUUUUGAAAUUCGUUGCAAUAUCAUUUUUGUGUUACUUAAUAUUUUUUGUAUGUAAAUCAGAAUUAGGGUUAAAUAAAUGUGGUUUUUAGUUUAUUCUAUGUAUAUUUUGGAAGGUUUCUGUUUUGUGAAUUUAGAGAUCCGUCGAUGCCUGCAAUCUCGGAGAUCCAAUCUCACUCGAAUCAGUUCGUGUUGUACAUACAGUUCGACAUAGAAAUGCAAUAUGAUACAAUCUCUUUAGUGUAAAUUUUGCUCUAGGUAUGCUCUCAUUGCGAGAAUGCUAUUUAUUAUUUAGUGUUAAGGACAUAAAUUUAGGUGACCUACGUCUGUGAACACGUGUAUACCAUUAUACCAGCGCAUUAAUCGGUUGGAUUCAACCUUAUAUUUAAUGAAAAGUGAUACGUUAUACAGAUUUUCUUUGAAAAGGAACGAUUACAUUCGUAUACGUUUAGAUCAUUCAGAUAUAUGAAAGAUAUCUUCCAAUUGUAACAACAGAUAUACGAUGAUGUAUAUACGGUCUUGCGAGUAAAAACUCUUUUAUAUUUAAAAUAAAAAAAUAUUGUAAACAAUCUAAUGUAAGUUUCUGACGAUAUCAAAAUAACAAGGAAACGAUGUGACCUGUGUAUUCUGAGCACAACUGCGGGGUUAAAAACGCCACAUCGAAGCAAUUCAGAUGAAUUGAUAAAAAGCAAUAUUGCAUUUUUGCAAAAGCAAUAUUGCAAUGUCUAAUAGCAAUAUUGUUCUUUUAGACGAAUUGCUUUGAUGUGCCCUUUUUAACCCCCAUGUACAUUUCAUUGAUGUAUUUUUAUACACUGUAUUCAUUGUAUUUAGUAUAUAUAUGUAUUUUUCUUUUAUUUUUUCUUCAUAUUUGUAGAGCAUUUUUUGAGUAAAUAGUGGAUAUAAUAGACAAGUUUGGUUUCUAUUUUAAAUUGUGCUGGGAAUAUGCAGUGUGCCAUGAUAAAAAUUGAAAAUUUUAAAUCUAUAAUUAUCAUUUUAACGAUAAUAAGGAAACACGACAAAUAUUAUGUAUACGCUAUCUCCGAUGAGGAAUUUUUGCUCAUUCUUUAAUAAAAAUGGUGUUGAAAUAUUGAUUUUACCAAAUUUAAUAAUCUUAUUUAAUAUUUUAUGUUGUAUUUCAAAAUGCAAUUAAAAGCUCAAAGAAAUAUAUAUGUUACAUACUUUA